AGUUAACCAAAUCGGAUGCAACUUUUGGUGAUUCCGGAGGUCUGGCUCCACCACUGUCUUUUGCAAGUGGACUUAAAGAGGAUAGUCUGGGCAUUGAUGAUGAAUUAGCAUUUGCAGAGAGUUGUAGUGCUAGCAGCCCUCCGAAGCCCACAAGUUUCUGGAUGGACUUUGAUGUUUUCAUGAAAUGUUUCAGAACACUUUAUGUGUACCACAAACCAAAUACAUAUGUUUGCAACCAGCAUCUGUCUGAGCCUAAG